UCAGUAGGUUUCCUCUAAAUUUACUAUGAAAUACUAAAAGAUUCUCCAGCAGAUGGCAGCAGAUAUACAUCUGUCCACCGCUACAGUUCCGGUCUGCUCGUUCAAGUUCUGCGACAACGAGCGGGUUCAUAUGAAGAUUUCCGCGCUCCACAUAAGCAAGUCUUGAUGGCCUUAUGGGACAUGAGUCCGCGUUGCGUUGCAGUCGGGUUACUUCUAUCGGCACAAGAACUACAAUUUCCAAGAAGCCCUGCCAAGAAGGUUACACCGCCCCUACGUCUUCCCGUCGCAGAUCAGCUGGCGCACGUUGGUCCGUAGAUAUCAUGUCCACGGAGGAGCAGGGAUACCCCGGAGCGACGCUGCUGGAGGCCGGGCAGGAGUCGCUGCGGGUCGAGAUCGAUCGUCUUUCCCGGGAGCUGAGCGAGACCACAAGCGAGAAGAUCCAGGCGGCGGAGUAUGGGCUGGCGGUGCUGGAGGAGAAGCAGCAGCUCAAGCAGCAGUACGACGACCUGGAGAUCGAGUACGAGGCUGUCAGGCAGGAGCUGGACCACCUGAAAGAGGCCUUUGGACAAGCUAAUACCAACCACAGGAAGGUGGCAGCAGAUGGGGAAAGCCGGGAGGAGUCUCUAAUCCAGGAGUCGGCCUGUAAGGAGGCCUACUACGAGCAGAGGGUCCUUGAGCUGCAGAACGAGCUGAGGCAAACGCGCAACAUCCUGACCAAUACCCAGUCUGAGAAUGAACGCCUUAUUGCCAUCUCCCAGGAGAUGAAAGAGACCAGUGAGAUGGUGGAGCUCCAGAGGACUCAGCUACGUGACGACAUCAAGGAGUACAAGUUCAGGGAGGGUCGUCUGCUGCAGGACUACACAGAGCUGGAGGAGGAGAACAUCUCCCUGCAGAAGCAAGUCUCCAUGCUCAAACAGAGUCAGGUGGAGUUUGAGGGUUUGAAGCACGAGAUCCGUCGUCUAGAAGAAGACACUCAGUUCCUGAACAGCCAGCUGGAGGACGCCAUCCGCCUGAAGGAGAUCGCUGAACGUCAGUUGGGUGAGGCUCUGGAGACCAUCAAGACCGAACGGGAGCUCAAGGCCUCCCUGAGGAAAGAGCUCUCCCACUACAUGAACAUCGGAGACACUCUGUAUCAUUGUCCUCUAAGCAUUUCUCUGGACGGCCUCAAGUUCAUCGAUGAUGCUGCCAUUGAACCUAACAACGACGAGGCUCUGCUGGGAUAUGAGAACAGCUUCACCAAACUGGCCAACACCAUCAAUGAGGACAACCGCAUCUCCACACCUGAGAAGGACGAGCUCCUCCGCCCGGUGCCCAGCCUGGUUGACGACCUGCUGAGUGAACUGAACAUCUCAGAAAUCCAGAAGCUCAAACAGCAGCUGAUGCAGAUGGAGCGAGAGAAGGUCAACCUGCUGUCCAAUCUGCAAGACUCCCAGAAACAGCUGGAACAAGCCAAUGGGGCUUUGUCAGAGCAUCAGGAGAAGGUCAACCGCCUCACGGAGAACCUCAACGCUGUCCGUAAGCUCCAAGCCAGCAAGGAGCGUCAGUCUGCUUUGGACAACGAGAAAGAGCGGGACAGCCACGAAGAUGGAGACUAUUAUGAAGUGGACAUUAACGGACUGGAAAUACUGGAGUGCAAGUACAAGGUGGCUGUGUCUGAAGCAGGGGAGCUGAAGGAGGAACUGAAGACCCUAAAAGCAGAAUACCAGGCCUGUCAGUCACGUUACGAGGAAGACCGCAGCCGUCUGAAGACUGAUGUCAGGUCUCUGGGGGACAAACUGUCCAGUCUGGAGAGGACUACACAUGCAGAGAGAGAAGAGAAGGCUAAGCUGGAGAAAGAGCUGCGCAAGUUGAGCGACGUGGCAGGCGAGUCCCAGGGCAGUCUGAGUGUGGCCCAGGAUGAGCUGGUGACAUUCAGCGAAGAACUGGCCACCCUCUACAACCACGUCUGCAUGUGCAACAACGAGACCCCCAACAGAGUGAUGCUCGACUUCUACAAAGAGGGUAAAGGUGGUCGGAGCAGCCCGGAGGGCCGUGGUCGCCGUUCUCCUAUCCUGCUCACCAAGGGUCUCUUCCCAGAGCACGGUAGGGCCGACCUCAGCGAUGGAUCUCCCUCACCCGUCUCCUCUCUACCUUCUCCUGUGUCCGACCACCGUCGCGAGCCCAUGAACAUCUACAAUCUGGUGGCAAUCAUCAGAGACCAGAUCAAGCACCUGCAGCUGGCCGUGGAUCGCACCACGGAGCUGUCACGCCAGAGGGUGGCAUCUCUCGAGCUCGGCACCGUGGCUGACAAGGACAAAGAGGCCUGCAUGGAAGAGAUACUAAAGCUGAAAUCUCUGCUAAGCACCAAACGGGAGCAGAUUGCUACUCUGCGGACUGUCCUGAAGGCCAACAAGCAGACGGCUGAAGUUGCUUUGGCAAAUCUAAAGAGCAAGUACGAGAACGAAAAGGCCAUGGUGACCGAGACCAUGAUGAAGCUGAGGAAUGAGCUGAAGGCUCUAAAGGAAGACGCCGCCACUUUUUCCUCUCUGCGAGCUAUGUUUGCCACACGCUGUGAUGAAUAUGUCACCCAACUGGAGGAAAUGCAGAGGCAGCUGGCCGCAGCCGAGGAUGAGAAGAAGACCCUCAACUCUUUGCUGAGGAUGGCCAUCCAGCAGAAGCUGGCCCUGACACAGCGCCUGGAAGACCUGGAGUUUGACCACGAGCAAGUCCGCCGCGGAGGCAACGCUAGGCGGUCUAAGGCUCGCAACAAGGCCACUGGCGCCGCCGCCACCGCCCCCACCGCCAGCAACCCACACGCAAGUCAGAGUCUCUCCUGCUCUGGCUCCGGCCGACCUGAGCUCAACAAUGCUAUGCCCAACAGCAUUCUGGGAGGCCCCGCCAUCUUCUGCAGCGAGAAGUACAAGAUCUACUGCGAUUGAGAGGCGACUCAGACAUCCACGUGGACUGCUGUGUACAGAGGGCGGGGUUGGGGGGCCGAACCCACCCUGCUCUUAGUGUUAAAGAGCCCCACUCGCUCGCUUUUCUCCCUGGCCAGCCUGCGCUCCUCUAGGGACUGCUGUGUUACUAACCAGCUGCUCGUUUGUGCUCGUGUAACCACUUAGGGGAAUGCAGUGUUAUGUACAGUGUGCUGUGGACUGUAGUAGACAUAUCUGGCAUGUGGGUUAAAGGGCCCUGGUUAUAUUGGGGGGGGUGUUGUGGAUAUUAUGGAGUGUCUAUUCUUUCCGCUGUCAUGGUGCUGUACCUAUGAUGUAAAAGGUGGCAGCUUCUGUGUUUAUCUGUUCUGGCCCCCUAGUUGGAUUGCCCGGUAACAUAAACACAUUGUUGGGAGGUGGAGGCAUGUAAAGAUGAUGUCGGACUGAACGACAUUCUCUGUUUUGGCGUGUCUGUAGGUGCUCCUUUAACAAAAAUAGCCCCUAACCUCUUCCCCUUCCUCACCAUCCUGACCCAGGACUCCUACGUCUGGCGGUCCAUUUUUCAAUCAAGUAACUGAUGUUUACAAGAACAUGAACUAAAAUAUGCAAGCUCCCUCUGCUUUGGGGCUAGGGGAGCAUCAAAAUGGAUCCAUGUACCAAUUUAAAUCAAAAAGGGGGAUUUUUGGUUUUAUAUUGUAACGGUUUGGGCAGAAAAAAGGAGCACCUGUGACCGCAGGUGUUCAUUUCAGGAUAAGUUUAAAGCUGUGACGCUAGCACACCAAUAAAACAACGUCAGUAGGAUCGCAUGGCUUCGCAGCUGAAAACGCUUAAAAAAUUGUUAGUUAUUUUCUGUCAUCAGGUGUGUAAUCAGAAUUGCAGUGCUCGACAUUGCAAAAAUCCCAGUUAAUUGGUGUACGGUGAAACACAGGAGGGCUGUGUGCUCCACAUGACCCGACAUGUCGCAGCGGGUCUUAUCAGAGCCAUAUCACAAGAGAGAGAGAAGGAGGAAACGUUUGACAAAUCGAUCUUCACAUCUAAAUUAAGUGCACUUCAACAUAGGUGCCUCAGGUGACUUCUUCUGUUUUACUGUGAACAGAGAUAUGAUAUAGUUUUGUUCAAAAGCUAUUUUUUAAAUAAUCAGCAAAUUCUGGAAGAGCACAAAUUAUUUAAAGAGAAAGGUCCUCAAAUCCUGAUAAGGCAACCCUGACUGCUCGGCGAAAGUGCCUGUUGACACAAACAUAUUAGGUGUAUUUAUCUCUUGAUGAUGCAAAACCCUGUCCUCAUGUUUCAGGUCUCCCCCUCUCAUUUAUCAUGUCCCUGCUGGAACUUUGGGAGAUCGCUCAGUAGCUUUCCAAUAAUCUCAUAAGGUUAUGUGGCUGAAUAGACAUGGGCCAGUACAAGAUAAGGUUGAGUAAAAAUACUUAAAUACAUGGUAUAUUCAUGUAAAUUUAAAAGAAAAAUGUAUAGUUGGGCUUCUUUCAAAUCCCAGCCAUAGAUUUUUUAUUAUUUUCGCUCAUCUAGGAAGCGUGUUUCUGGUUGGAAAUUAAACGGUAAUCUCCCAAAAGGAUAAGAAAAUGUUCUUGAUUUAUGAGAAAAAAUAAUCUCUCUGUUCAUAUUUCCAAUUUAACGAAAAACGUCAUGUCAAAGUAUGUAUACCCUUCUAAAUAAUCAAUGGAAAAGCCCUAAUGGUCAGUUCUGCAGUGAAAUGCUUCUUAGAAGUGUUGACCCACUGGUAUUUUUGACCAUUCAACUUUCACAAUGAGCUUCAUGUCUUUGACAUUAGAAGCCCUCCUUGUCAUCACCUUAAUCUUUAGCUCCCUCCAUUGAUUCUUUAUUGGCUUCAAGUUGAGACUCUGGCUGGCUUCAAAAUGUUAAUAUUACUUCCCGUCGGAAGAAACAUGUUCGUCAAACUAAAAGAUUACUUUAAAUCUAUAUCUGCCAGGGGUGUAAAUAAUUUCAAGCCUAACUGUAUAAAAGGAGCUAAUUCUUUUUGUUUAAAAUUAGAAAAGUAACAAUUUGUCCUAUCAUAAUUAUUACAGCAGUAGUAGCAGUAGUGUUACCAAAGGUAAUAUUAGCUGGGUAGUUAGUCAGGCUCUCUGCUCCGGUAGUGAAUCUGCAGUCUGUUGUUUAGCAGGCUUGCCAAGUGUGUGCAGCGUCCAGUAACAGAUGGGGGAGGGGCAUCGUUACGUUGCUCUGUGCUCCACACAGCUAAAAGAAUCUCUGGCAUCUUUUUGAAAGUAAUCUGAACCAUAGAGCGAGUAUGAGGAAAUAAUUUUAGCGGUGUUGAAAACCUUACCCAUUUAAAAUCGUGGCAUACCUUGAUACCAGUAACUGGCCCAUGCCUAUGGCUAAGAAAGAAGAAAAGCUUUCCUUAUGUCUCUAAUCUGAGUGUCUUGUUGGCUAAAACCGCCUUCUCUCUUGUAGAUUGUCAGCAGCUUGCUCCCUCAGCAUCACCACUCACCCUUUAACUAGGACAAGGACUUGUGGGGAAAAUAUUUCUGUCAGGUAACGUCCUCCCUGCUUGUGUAUAUCUCAAUGUUGAAGUGAGGGGGCCCUCGUGUGUGUGUGUGCGUGCGCUAUUUUUUUUAACCAUUUGCACAGCGAGGGCCUCAUUUCUGUGUCGUUUGGUGUGUGAGGACGACACUGCGCACUGUUUUAGUAUUUACAAUAGCUUUACACCAUUGCAAGCUAGUAUUAAGCAAAUAGUUAAAAAAUGAUAAAAGUGGGUCUUGUGUUUAUUAAAUCCAUGUACUACUUGCGGAUCAUAAACAUUUUCGCUUAAUGAUGUUAAAAGCAGGGUUGAUGAAAGGUGAUCCUGCAAGAUCUUUUAAAAUUCUACCAUUUUCUAACACUACAAAGCUCUAUAUGAAACUCUAUUUUCUUGAUAUAAUCCUUCAGGUUGUGAUCUUGCUGGAUCCUACUACAGUAUUCUUACAUCUUUGAUACAAUGCAAUGUGGAUUGAUUCCUAAUAUAAAUGGAAAACUGUUGGUGAUCAACCCUGCUUGAGCGUGCAUCAAUAGGCCACGGCACAAAGCAUGGACUCAAGGCUAGUGUACGACUUACUGAAAAAAUGAAGAAGAAAAAAACGGGUCAUUUACUUCCAUGUUUUAUAAUUUAACAUAAAACUAAAAGACAUCCUGUUUCUACCAGCUUGUGCUGAAAAGGAGAGAGACCUACACGUUAGAUGGGAAAACCAGAUGUCUGUCUAAUAUUGUGGAGAAAGACGUCCAGGGAUUUUCCAGGGGGAGAAACUCCUGGUGAUAUUUAGAGACAGGAAACUGAUAAGUGGUCACUCGGUGGACCCAAGGACAUUGAUUCAAAUGAUCCAACCUUCUCCUUGUAUAGGCUUUGUGGUUUCGCUGAGCUGUAGAUAGAUCUCAGGAUGUGAUCGUGACUAGAAUCCUUAGAUAGACGAGUCUCGACUGUCCCCCAUCUGGAUUGAAAUCAAAGUCUUUAAUUAAUCCGGUGUCAUUACAAUAUGACACCUCUGCAGCUCCUCCUACCUCCGCCUGCAGGCUUCUCUCUCAUCACCUCUGAGUUUCUGUUCUUUAAAGCCUGCAUGUGAAAACUGUUCUCAUUUUUCAUUAACCUUCAUGGCACAUGAGAAGCUCAUCCUUCUCUCACCUGAUUAGUGGCUUCAUCACUGUCCUCAGACGAAAGGUUCACACUACUUGUGACAUUUUUUGGCUUCCCAGCUGCGCUUGCAGGAUAAUAUGCAGUGAAUGUUCACACCUGCAAAAAGUAUUUAUUGGAAAACCCUUAAGAUGGGACAUUAUUUGGCUUUGAGCUCCUAAUAUCUCCUUCUGCUGCUUUGACUAACAACAGCUGCCAUCUCCUCCAUCAUCUGACCAUAUUAACAGCUGUUCUCAGACUACCUGAACGCUAAGGAUGCUGACCCUUUCUUGUGUCUCCAUUUUCUAGUAAUUUUACAGUAAUUCCUCGAGGACGACAGAGUACCAACACAAAGUUCUCUCUCGCAGCUGCAAAAACUUAGAACUGUAGCUGAUUUGGACUUGAAGACUAAAAAACUAGCCUGACUUCUACGUCUGAACACUAAAAUGUGGCACAUCGACGCUUUUAAUUUUGCAUAGCUGCUGGAAGCAAACUUCUCACAAGUCUCACAACAAUCUGAAACAGAUUUUGAUUGGUUAAUCUAUCAGUCCUGUUAGACGUUAGGGGACAUGUGGUUGUUUUUUCAUUGUAAACAAGCUGUUUCAUUUUUUUAUUUUAGUUUUUCUCAAUGUGCACUUUGACUAUAUAGGAUUAUAACAUUAUUAUUAAUCUAGGAAAGCGUGGUAGUACUAUGGUUUGUGAGUUAACCAGUAUAGAUUAAAGACAAUUAAAUAUACUAAUUACUUGAGUAAAUGCUCCACAAACCAUAAAAGUACUAUUAUGACUGUGUCCUUGAGAUUUUAUCCAUCAAGUAACCAUUCUUAACUUGUUUUGUUACGUUUUACAUGAUGUAAUGUUGUUUUCUUUCUUUAUAUGUUUGUUCUACUGCCAUGGUCUAUAUAAGAAAAUCCAGGGUAAUCAGAUUCUGGGGUUUUUUCAUGUAUUUAUUAUUCCUAGGAAUAGUUCAAAAAAUUAUACACAAUGAAACUUGACAACGCUCUGACUCAAAUGGGUAAGUUGUGUUCGGGAGAUAAAGUAAGAGUUGGAGUGACGAGCUUUUUUCCGAACUCCUUCCCGAGGGCGUUCCAUCCUAACGGAUCACUGGCCUUCAGAAUUCUCUGCAAAUUGCGACUAUUAAAUUCCAAAUUGGAAUUGCUUCGUUCUCUCUUCGUUUAUCGUGCCAAAUGUUGGCACACCGUUUAGGUCAACAAGAAUCAGGACUCUGAAAGAAGACGAGGUGGCCGCGGCUCUCCAUGCUGCCACCUGGGCUUUUGGGUUUUUAUGUUCUGUUGGUUUGUUUAGUUCUUCGUUUCUGACCAGUAGUGCCUUUCAUUGUUUCAAGGGAGAAUCUUAGAUUAGGAUUUUAUGUUGUUUUUUUCUAGGUGUGGGAUUUGGGGUUUGAAAUGACUGUGAGCAGCAAUAAGAACAAAGUGAUUGCAGCCUCUUUUUCUGCAUGGGUAAGGUAAUAGUUUUAAAAUUAGCUUAUAACUAAAAUUGUAUUGAAUUGUGCAGGUCAGUGAUCAGAUAAAUUAAUUCAGGGGUAUUAAGAAAAGGUUGCUGUUUAUUGUUUUUUGUUUUUAUCAAAAAGAAUUCCUUUGGCCUCCUGUUGUUGAACUAAAUGUGCUGGGGGGCAAAUCGAUGUACAAUUGGAAACAUCUACGCAUCUCUAGCUUUGUGUGGUGAAGGUAAUGUGAUCCUUAUAGUAUUGUUGGGGGGGAAAAAGGUGCAGAAAGCACACUUUUUUUUCUUUUUGUCUCUUUUUAAGUUUGUUUUUUAUUAUAUUAGUAUUAUUAAAUCUUUUUUUACACCAUGUUUUGAAUAUUUACGUUUCAGUAAACAGAAAACAAAAAACUAGCAUCAACAAGCUUGAAUAGUGCCAUUACAGCCAAUGCUUGUUUGUUGAGGCGUUAAAAGUUACCAAUAUGGAAGAAAGCUGGACAAUUAAAGUGCAAUUCAGAUGCUGUUUUUUCUUUUUUUUCUUUUUUUUUUUACUGAAAAGUUUUCUGUUUGCUGGAAGCUAAAGCAUUGUGAUAAUAAAAUUAGCAGUGCAAACUAUUGUCACAUUGUCUUUCAGUAUUGAUCCAUAAGAGUUUGAUAUCUUUAUAUAAAAUAACCACUUCACCUGUAUGUUGGUAUUUAUUUGAACUGUCAUGCAUUACUGUAUUCCUAUCAAUAAUGUUCAUUAUGAUUAGUGGCAUAUUGAUCCCAGCUAAAUGUCAUAUGCAUGUUCCUCAGUCAUGGGACCUUUACACAGGAUUGAAAACAAACAUGUAAAGUUUUAUCCGGGACGAUUUUGAAAGAAAUAUGGAGGAAAAAACUAAAAGAAGCGGGUUGAGUUUGAUGUAUUACUGCUGAAUUAUUCUUAUAAAAGUGUUUGUUUUCUAGCUGAGAAGUGGGGUGGCUGUGUAAGGGGAGUCAUACUGGUUGAAAUCAAUAAAUGUGACUAAGUUCCA